GGGGAGAGGCCCGCGGCUCCCCCCCCCCCCCACGCCUUCCGUCGGGGGGGCAGCCAGGCGCGGCGGCGGGACCGGGGCCCCGGGCGAUGGCCACGGAGCUGGCGAUGGGCGCCGAGCUGCCCAGUAGCCCUCUGGCCAUCGAGUACGUGAACGACUUCGACCUGAUGAAGUUCGAGGUGAAGAAGGAGCCAGCCGAGGCCGAGCGCUUCUGCCACCGCCUGCCGCCCGGCUCGCUGUCGUCGACGCCGCUCAGCACGCCCUGCUCCUCCGUGCCCUCCUCGCCCAGCUUCUGCGCGCCCAGCCCCGGCACCGGGGGCGGAGGCGGCCCCGCGGGCGGCGGGGCGGCGCAGGCCGGAGGCGCCCCGGGGCCGGCGAGCGGGGGCCCCGGCGUCGUCGGGGGCGCCCCGGGGAAGCCGGCGCUGGAGGAUCUGUACUGGAUGAGUGGCUACCAGCACCACCUCAACCCGGAGGCGCUCAACCUGACGCCGGAGGACGCGGUGGAGGCGCUCAUCGGCAGCGGACACCACGCCGGGCACCACAGCGCGCAUCACCCGGCGGCCGCCGCGGCCUACGAGGCCUUCCGGGGCCAGGGCUUCGCGGGCGGCGGCGGUGCAGACGACGUGGGCGCCGGCCACCACCACGGCGCGCACCACGGCGCGCACCACCACCACCACCACCACCACCACCACCACCACGGCGGCGCGGGCCACGGCGGCGCGGGCCACCACGUGCGCCUGGAGGAGCGCUUCUCCGACGACCAGCUGGUGUCCAUGUCGGUGCGAGAGCUGAACCGGCAGCUCCGCGGCUUCAGUAAGGAGGAGGUCAUCCGGCUGAAGCAGAAGCGGCGCACUCUCAAGAACCGCGGCUACGCGCAGUCGUGCCGCUUCAAGCGGGUGCAGCAGCGGCACAUCCUGGAGAGCGAGAAGUGCCAGCUCCAGAGCCAGGUGGAGCAGCUGAAGCUGGAGGUGGGGCGCCUGGCCAAGGAGCGGGACCUGUAUAAGGAGAAAUACGAGAAGCUCGCGGGCCGCGGCGGCCCCGUGGGCGCGGGCGGGGCCGGCUUCCCGCGGGAGUCCUCGCCGCCGCAGGCCGGCCCCGGCGGGGCCAAGGGCGCGCCCGACUUCUUCCUGUGAGCGCGGGACCCCCGCCCGCGCCGCCGCCGCGAAGAGGCUCGGACUCCGCGGCCCAGGACCGGGACACAAGGCCGUCCGGCUCCGACUCCGCCUCGUC